GUUCUUGGGUAAGUUUGAUGGCCCGCCAUAGCCAAGCACUCUUUUUCCUUUUUAAAAUUUAAAAAAUGCCAAGUAGUCUCACCUCUAGGAGACCGAUUACGACAAACUGUAGUUUCAAGUCUUUGAGUUCAUUACCCAAUAAUGCAACGGAUAAAAAGACUUUGGUAAAACCUGUAGCUCCAAGAGCUACCGUCGUUUAUAAGAGUGCACAAAAGCAUGCUUUAAGGAAGCCUGGAAACGAGUCUCUUGAUGACCUUCGGAGUCGUUUGGACGAACAAGAAAAACGGUUGAGUCUCUUAGAAGAUAACAGAAAAGAUGCUCUUGAGAAAAGUAUAAUAUCCGAAGAAAAACUUCGGAAGCAAGAACGAGAUAGUGCUCAUUUGACAGAACAGUUGAAUAAACUGCUUGAGAAGAAACAAGACGUAGUAACUAGCCUUGAAACCACUCGUUCGAGUUAUAAAAGUUCGAAAAUUGAAGAAACUGCGUUAACUCAAUCUAUUAGGGAAGCGAAAGUCGAAAUUCAAUGCCUAAAAGCAAGCUUGGAUUCACAAAAAUGCAAGACAGAGCUUUUUGAACGUGAGGCGCUCGAGCAAAAGUACAGAAUGGAUAAUUUAAGGAAGGACAUAGAGAUUCUAAGACGAAGUUUAGAUCAAGAGAAACAGACGCACCACCAACAUGAGAAAACUCGAAACCAUAGAGCCUACUCCAUUGAAAAGAUACAGCUUGAUUUGCAGCAGCUACAAAAUGAACUCGAAAUUCAAGAGAGUCGCAUCGAAAAGAACAAAAGCGACAACGAAAAAUUGUACCAGGAAAUGAAAGAGUCUGCUCGUAAGUUGAGAGAAAAUGAGCAGCACCUUGAAGACUUAUAUUCAAAGAUACACAAGUUACUUGGUCGACUGGAAACCAACCGGGAGAGAAUAUCUCACAUAAAUAGUGAAAUUCAAAGCGUUGAAAAAGAAAAAAAUACAUUAACAAGGAACUAUGAACAGUUGCUAAACGAAGAAAGAUCUAUGAAAGCCAAUCUGGUAGACAUCUCCUCAAAAAUUGAAUCGUUGACAAUUGAAAUGCAGCGAUUAAGGUUUCGGGAAGAAAUGAACUUAAACGAAUGCAAACAGGAGGCCAAUUAUCUUCAUGACUGCUUACAAGAUAACAUAGAGAAAAUAGAGCAGCUUGAAAGAGAAAUAGCAGCAUCUCAACAAAUCUCCAACCGAAACAAGGAACAAUGGGAUAAACUACAGACAGAAGUGAACGACCUUCAGUCCAUUAUCUCCCAGAAAGAAAGGGAAAUCGAACAAGAAGUCAUAAAUAAGAAUAACUUACUAAGACAAAUAGAACAAACCAAAGAGUCCAUCUCUUUACAGCAGCAAGAAAUUUCAGAACUAGACAAGCUAUGUAGCCAGGAUGAAAUAACGCGUCGCUAUCUGCACAAUCUGGUUCAAGAAUUGAAAGGAAACAUCCGAGUAUUUUGCAGGAUUCGGCCUAAUCUUUCCAAAGAAAUCGAAAGCAUGUUUGUAGAUAAUGUAACUAGUGAUGCUUCUAGACUCUCAAUAUCUUCAGCAUCUUCGGUAUCGUCUAUAACAUCCUGUAAUAAUACAACUUUGGAACCACAAUAUAGAAUAUUUUCCUCCAAUUCUGUUGAAGUUGUGGCACCCCAAAAGUAUUCAGAGACAAACAAGAGUGCAAAGCAACACUUGUCGAAAUGGAAUUUUUCUUUCGAUAGGAUAUUUGGUCCCGAGUCUACUCAGGAAGAUAUCUUUGAAGAAAUUUCCCAGUUGGUACAAAGUGCACUCGAUGGUUAUAGAGUUUGUAUCUUUGCCUAUGGCCAAACAGGCUCAGGAAAAACAUAUACUAUGUUGGGAGGAGAGAAUGAAGGAGAAUCUGGAAUUAUUCCUAAAAGUAUGAGAAAAAUAUUUUCUGCUGCAGAAUAUCUUCAUGAACAGAACUGGGAAUUUCAUCUCAAAGCUUCGUUCUUGGAAAUAUAUAAUGAAACAAUACGAGAUCUUUUGGCUGACCAUACUAUUUCAAAAGAACGGAACUACGAUAUAAAAAUUGAUAGAUUGACUGGUGCUACUUAUGUAGUUGGCUUGACUGUGGAAGAUAUCUCGACCCCAUAUCAACUCGAAAAACUAUUGAAAAAGUCCGUGGCAAACCGAUCGACAGCAGCAACUCGUUGUAACGAACGAUCAAGUAGAAGUCACAGCGUAUUUCGACUUUACAUAUCAGGAAGAAACAACGAAACCGGAGAAGAACGCAUGGGACUCUUAAACCUGAUUGAUUUGGCAGGUUCCGAGCGUCUAAACUCUUCAGGCUCUACUGGAGACCGUCUUCGAGAAACGCAGCAUAUCAAUAAGAGUUUGUCGGCGCUUGGAGACGUUAUAUCGAGCCUUUCAAAUAAGGAAAAGCAUAUACCUUAUAGAAAUUCAAAGUUGACGUAUUUAUUGCAGGACUCUUUAGGAGGAGACUCGAAAACACUCAUGUUUGUGAAUGUUUCUCCUACUUGUGAGAGUUUCCAGGAAACUCUUUGCUCUUUGCGUUUUGCGCAAAAAGUCAAUUCUUGUCAAAUUGGAACUGCUCAUAGAGUCACCAAAGUUGACCUUUGUGCUGGUUUCUUUGCAAAAGAAUGCACUAUGUAAGCACUGUAUGUGUCUCACCAUAAGUAUAGUUGUAUUCGUUCA